AUGGUGUUUUCUUUGGCUGUGCGGCAUGGUGGGUGGUUUGGUACUUCUCCUUAUUGGCACUACUUUGGUGGUGGUAGAACUGUGCUAAGUGAUAUGGAUGAGGAUAAAUGGUCCUUCCUUGAUACUGUGGAUCUUGUCCAGAAAUUGGGUUACAAAGAGUUUGAUCUAUGGUGGGUAAAUGCUGAGGAUAUUGCUGAACACAUAUUCAGGAGGUACAAGACUGACAACGAUGCUAUGGAAUUAGCUAAGUAUGCUACUAGUAAUGGUUACAAUGAAGCUUUGCUGUUUGUUGAGACUAAAGGUGUCCCUGGUUUUGUGCUUGGUGGAAAAAAGGAAAAGGAGAAAAAACAAGGUAAAACCAAGGCUGUGAGGAAGUCACAUAGACUGCAAGCAGUGAUGAGAAAGACAAACAAUGAGGGCCAGAGUAUAACUAUUGUUUUGUCUGAUGAUGAUGAGUCCCAGAAUGAUGUUGUCCUCCCAGAUAUUGUCCCUGAAGUUUUUGAUGAAGUGAAUGAUGAAACUGGGAUUGAAGUUCAAGUUGCUGAGAUUGCUGAGAAUGAAACUGAGAAUAAUGCUGAGAAAGAAGGUGAGAAAAGUCCUGAAGCUGAGAAUUUGAUUUCUGAUAUUCCCAACCAAGAUGGAGAAAACAGUGAUAGUGGCAGUGACAUUUCUGAGGAAAACAUAAGGCUUGAAGACAGUGAAGAAGAGAGAGACCUAGGGAAUGAAGAUGGGUUUCCAAACUCAACUUUUGUUGAGGCAGAGGCACUGUUGAAUGAGCAUAUCAACCAAAUGAUGCUCCAAGGUAAGGGGGAUGAUCCAGACUAUGAUGGAGGCUAUGAGAGUGAGGACCUAGAAAGUGUUCCAACUGAUAGUGACCUUGAAGAACUUCCUAGAAGAAAGUUUCCAAGGUUCAAUGAAGAGGAUCUCAAUGCAGAUUUCAGAUUCAAACUAGGGAUGGACUUCUGUUCCCUACAAGAGUUCAAAGAUGCUCUAGCUGACCAUGCUGUUGCAUGUGGUAGGGAAUUUAGCUUCAAGAAAAAUGAUAGCAUAAGGUGUAGGGUGGUAUGCAAAACUGAUGGGUGUCCAUUUGUCAUGUUAUGUAGUAAGGUUGGGAACAAGCAGACAUAUAUAAUCAAAACACUUAUAGAUGAACACACAUGUGCCAGAGUGUUUGACAACAAGUCUGCCACUGUUAAAUUUGUAAAGAAGAAAUUGUUGAACAAGGUGAGGAUAGCAAACAAAAUAACCACAAAUGAGAUUGUUGAUGACUUUAGAAUCAAUCUAGGGACUGGGAUUACAAGAUAUAAAGCAUGGAAAGGAAAGAAAUUGGCUACUGAAGAAAUAGAUGGAGCUACUGAGUUGCAAUAUACUCUCUUGUGGAGAUUUGCCAAUGAGCUGAGAAGAAGGGCAGCAGGUAACACAUGCAAGAUGAAUUUUGUGUCUCCAAGGACUACAUUGCAUCCUAGAUUUAGCAGAUUCUAUAUGUGCUUGGAUGGAUGUAAGAGAGGGUUUCUCAGUGGGUGUAGGCCAUUUAUUGGCUUGGAUGGAUGCCAUUUGAAGACCAAGUAUGGAGGAAUUCUGUUGUCUGCUAUUGGUAGAGAUGCUAAUGAGCAGUACUUUCCCCUUGCCUUUGCUGUGGUUGAAUUAGAAAACAAAGACAGUUGGAUGUGGUUUAUGGAGUUAUUGAUGGGUGACAUAGAUCCUGCUAGAUCAUCUAGAUGGGUCUUCAUUAGUGAUCAACAAAAGGGUUUGAUGGAGGUGUUCAAAGAAGAGCUUCUACAAGGUUGUGAUCACAGAUUGUGCGUGAGGCAUCUAUAUGCCAAUUUAAAGAACAAGUUUGGUGGUGGAGUCCUUCUUAGGAACUUGAUGAUGGCAGCAGCCAAAGCUACCUAUGAAGGAGCAUGGAGGGAGAAAAUGGACUUGAUUAAGCAGCAUAAUGCAAUAGCCUAUGAAUGGUUGAUGGACAAACCUAAAUCCUCAUGGUGCAGACAUGCAUUUAGCAUCUACCCAAGGUGUGAUGUUGUCAUGAAUAACCUCUCCGAGUCCUUCAACGCAGCUAUUUUGAUGGCCAGAGACAAACCUAUACUAACUAUGAUGGAGUGGAUAAGAACCUAUGUCAUGGGGAGAUUUCCAAUUAUGAUGGAGAAGCUCAGAAAGCACAGUGGACAGAUUAUGCCAAGACCCUUACAGAGAAUGGCAUUUGAAGCUGGAAAGUGUAAGAAUUGGAUCCCUAGGACUGUAGGUGCAGCUACUUAUGAAGUUCGACAUUCUGACCGUUCAGAGAGGCAUGUUGUUAAUAUUAAUGCCAAGAAAUGUUGCUGUGGAUUUUGGGAGCUGAAUGGAUUUCCUUGCAGACAUGCAGUUUGUGCAAUUAAUUUCCACCGCCAUGACCCUAAGGAUUAUGUUGAAGACUGCUAUAAGAGGGCUGCUUUCCGGGCAACAUAUGAAAACUAUAUCACACCACUGCCUGGUCCUAACCAGUGGAUUGUGACACCAAAUGACCCUGUCUGUAUUAUGCCACCCUUGUAUAAGAGAGGGGCAGGGAGGCCCAAGAAAUUAAGAAGGAGGGAUCCUUAUGAUGACCCUAACCCUAACAAAUUGAAGAGGGGGGGGAGCAUUUGUAAGGUGUAG